UUAAAUCCCAAUCACAAACUUAAACCAACAUAAGGAUUAAGACUAGAUCACUUAUGAAUGAAAUAAAAACAAAUAGGAUAUUUAUUUAGUCAGACAGUCUUGUUUGUAUAAGUGGUUGUGUAACUAGAAUUUUCUCAUAACAAAUAGCCUAGCUUUUUUCCCCCUUUUUCUUUCUUUAAAAAAAAGAAGAUAUUAAAAGCUCAAACAGAGAGAAGCAGUGGCUUUUAAAGAACAGGACAGCCGGAUCUCUGAUCUCCUUCUGGGAUAUUGAAUUGGAAACAAAUCGCAGCAGAUUAGUGUUAAGUAAAAUAUUUGCGGUUACAUCACCGCUGAGUGCACUGUAUGGACCACGGCGCUUCAUCCUGACAGGCGCUCAAGUCUCAGUCCUAUUGGGUCCAGCAUUGAUGGGUGGACUGAAUAAAUAGCGAGUGAGAUGCGGUUGAGGAUGAGAUGAGUGGAGGAGCAGCAGAGGAAGUAGGAGGCACACAGUUCAUAGUAGCUGCUCGUAACUCACUGUAACUGUGCGCUGUAGUAGCAACUGGAUCUGACUGACUGACUGAGCCGCAGCUUUUACUCUCCUUUAACUCACAAGUUGUGGUGCAGCUUUCUCUCUAUUUUUCCACACUUUGGUGUAUGAGCGUUGACCAGGUUUCCUGACUGAACUGUGAUCCAAGUUUGUCGGCGUCACCUUUCCUACUCGUUGCAAACAGGUUGCAAAGAGAAGAGGAGAAACCUUCCCUGCGCUUCUGCCACCGUUCAAUUGAAUUGAAUUGAAACCUCGGUCAAGAUGAUGAUCAUUAUUGCGGAGUUCUUCGUGGUCAUUUUGAAAGUGCUCUGGGCUUUUGUCACAGCCGGGGCUAAGUGGGUUGUGCGGCCCAAGGAGAAGAGCGUGGCGGGACAGGUGUGCGUGAUCACCGGGGCUGGAAGUGGUCUUGGGCGUCUCUUCGCCAAGGAGUGCCGGAGACGAGCGAUACUGGUGCUAUGGGACAUAAACAGCCAAAGCAACGAGGAGACAGCAGAGAUGGUGCGGCAAAUAUACCAUGAACUCGACACUCCCAUAGCCAAAGACGGACCUGUUGGAGGUGUUGAGGAAGUCCCUCCUUUCCAGCCACAGGUCUACACCUAUGUGUGUGAUGUGGGAAAGCGGGAGAGUGUGUAUUCUACAGCUGAGAAGGUGCGUCGAGAGGUGGGAAAUGUGGACAUACUGAUCAACAAUGCUGGUGUCGUCUCUGGCCAUCACCUUCUGGAGUGCCCUGAUGAGCUGAUCGAGCGCACCAUGGUGGUCAACUGCCAUGCACACUUCUGGACCACCAAGGCGUUUCUCCCCAAGAUGCUGGAGCUGAAUCAUGGGCACAUUGUGACGGUUGCCAGCUCCCUGGGUUUAUUCAGCACAGCUGGAGUGGAGGAUUACUGCGCCAGUAAGUUUGGUGCCAUCGGGUUCCAUGAGUCACUGAGCCAUGAGCUGAAGGCCUCAGAGAAGGAGGGCAUCAACAUGACUUUGGUGUGCCCUUACCUGGUCGACACAGGAAUGUUCAAAGGCUGCAGAAUAAGGAAGGAGAUUGAGCCAUUUCUGCCUCCCUUGAAGCCAGAGUUUUGUGUGAAACAGUCCAUGAGGGCCAUCCUCACUGACCAGCCCAUGAUCUGUACACCUCGCAUCGUCUAUAUGGUCAACUUCAUGAAAAGCAUCCUACCCUUCGAGGCCAUUGUGUGCAUGUACCGGUUCCUAGGCGCAGACAAGUGCAUGUACCCCUUCCUAGCUCAGAGAAAGGAGGCCAUGAACAACAAUGAGGCCAAGAAUGGGAUCUAGGGGGCGCUGUUGGCAACAGGAACAGGGGCACAUAAACCUGCAAGCAUGAGGAAACAACCACUGAGGAUGAAAAACGGGGAACACGGAAGGAAAGAAGAAAAGACUGAAUCUAGACUGGUGCACUUGCAUUGAGCAAAUGCAAAGGUUUACCAUAUUGUUCCUCUGGAACAAAGAAAGCUGUGUACUACACAAAGGAUUUAUUUGACUUUGUUUUGUCUUUUUUUAAGUUUGUUUAAAGAAACCAACAUCUAUAUACUGUGUCACUAGUUUUGAAAUCAUACAGAUAAGGUAUCCAAUAAUUAACUAUUUACGUAAUGUAGUCACCAGCCUUAUCUAGUGUUAUUGUGGAAAUAUACAGUAUGUUACUGUACAAACAGUAAAAAUCUUUUUUUUUUCACUUUUUUUUGUAGACAUGCACUGUAAUUUUCAGAUUUUUCUCCACACUGCCAAUAUUCUCUGUGUAGGAAGAUUCAACACAGCAAUUCAAAGUACCCAAUGUCUCCCCACACAGAGGCUCUUUUUCAGUCAGUCAGGAAAUCAGUUUGUAACGUACACAGUUCUGAUUAAAGGCUUGUGCCAAUUAAAAUAAAGCAAGACAAAUAUUUCACACUUAAGUUUACCUAAUUCAGUUAAUAUAUUAAGUUAAAGACAUGUAGCAUAUGUGUUAAAAAUCAAGUCCAUGCAUUCCAAGUGGGACAUUUAAUGGCCAGAUUGUGGCUGACUUAAAUCGUCACAGGGGUUUCCAGUGUUAAUGAGACUCCACAGUGUCCCUUUAAUGGUCCUGUUUAUUUCAGGUCUGUAUUGACUGACCUCUCAAAUUAAAGUGGACGCGGGAGUCAGUGUCCUGGGUUGAACUAGCAUGUGUGACACAUUCAGAAUGUACUGGGAGAAACUGAGAGGAAAUUUGUAUUUUCUCUCAUUUGUCUUUAUUUUCAAGAUCUGUGGUGUUUAUAUUGUAAAUUUAUCUGUUACCAAUUUUAUUUUGUUUAAAAAAAAAAAAAGAAAAAUAAUCCAACAUAGGCUGUAAGUCCAGGCGCACGCUGGCCCAACACUGAUAGUUGAGGGAAAUGUAUUAAAGACACUAGCUUUCCAUGUUUUCUUUCCCAAAGUAACACUUUAACUCUCCUGUCCAUUGUCCACCUUGUCCAGUUAAAGUGAAAUGUAAAUGUUUAAAUGUAACUGUUGUGAAUACCCCAGUAUCCCAAAAUGUCUGUCUCCACCAUAUUUGAUGUAUGAAUAUUUUAUAUACCUUUGGGACGACAAGAGUUUUUGAAUUUCAACUACAUUCCAAUAGGCAUCAUUCCUUCAGUCACAGUGAUGAGCCUAAAUUCUCUACCUCUUAAUUUUUGCCAUUUUUUGACAGUAUGACAUAAGCCUCUUUUUUUUUUUUUUUUUUGUAAUUUUCUGAAGACUGCUCCAUAGCAGAGCAAAUGUGGUUCCAAUGUUUAGUGUCUCUACCUAACUUAAAUUAAUAA